UGCGAUAUAAAACAUAUAAAAGGAGAGCUGCCCAUACACGCUUAGCGGUUGUUCUAUUCCCAUUCUCCCGUCGUCUGGCCAAGCUACAAUCCCUCAGAGGUCAUCAUGCCCAGGUCCAUGACUGAGCUGCUUGCUGCUGCUGACAUUACCGCUGCUCUGUGCGCGUGCCAAGCUGCUGAUAGCUUUAACUACAAGAACUUCUUCAUGCAGUGUGGACUCACCGGAAAGAAUGAUGAAGAGGUGACGGAAGCUUUUGCCAUCCUUGACCAGGACAAAAGUGGCUUCAUUGAGGAAGAUGAACUCAAACGUUUCUUGCAGAGCUUCAGCUCAUCAGCAAGGCUUCUGACUGAUAAAGAAACCAGGUCAUUCUUGCAAGCAGGGGAUACCGACGGCGACGGCAAAAUCGGAGCAGAAGAGUUCAGAGUUCUGGUAAAAGCAUAAAUGUGAAAAACCAGACGCGGUGAGCAGACUGCGGCUCAACUCCAUGCAGUCCUUCCAAGAGAUUACUACUCUUCAUUUGUUCAACUUCUACGAACAGAUGUGUUGGUCUACCUGCCUGCAUCAUUAUAAUGAAUGUUUAUAGAGAUCUGUACCGUCAUGAUGUCCGCCCAGGUCCGGGCGUAUGCAUAUUAUACGCACAAUGUGCAGGUGCACUUCCAACCCAUGUUUAUUUUCUCUCUAUUUGUAUAGAAGAUGCACAAAUCACUGUGCGAAGUUGAGAUUGGAGUAUAAAUAAAUAAAGCUGAAAAAAAGUC